CGCUCCCAGCUAAGUUAUGUUUCUCUGAGAAUAGCUCCUCUGCUAGCUUGCACUACACUAAAAAACAGAAAUGGCCUCUGCCAACAUCACUGAGGAGUUUCAUUGCUCCAUCUGUUUGGACGUUUUCACCGAGCCCGUGUCCACUCCCUGUGGACACAACUACUGCCGUGCCUGCAUCACCAGCUACUGGACCUCAAAAGCCAUCAUCCAGUGUCCGCUGUGCAAAGAAACCUUCCAUGAAGCCCCCAAACUGCGAGUCAACACCGAGUUCAGAGACAUGUUGGAGAUCUUCAAGAGGAACAAACUAGCAGCAGGUGAGGAUGGGGGUUCCCCGGCCGGGCCUGGGGACGUGCCCUGUGACCUCUGUGAGGGGAACAGGAACCAGAAGGCUGUGAAAUCCUGCCUGGUUUGUUCGGCCUCUUACUGCAGCGCUCACCUGGAGCCCCAUCGCACGGUGCAGAAGUUAAAGUGGCACAAGCUGAUCAACCCCGUGGAUUCCCUCGAGGACAGGGUGUGCAGGAAACACAACAGAGUGAUGGAGGUCUUCUGCAACAAAGACCAGUGCUGCGUUUGUUCCUUGUGCCUGAAGGAAGACCAUGUCGGGCAUGACAGCGUUUCUUUGGAGGAAGAGUUUGAGGCGAGGAAAACUAAGCUGCAGCGUGGAAAAACGCUUGUGGACAAAGCUAUAAGAGAUAAAUGCAACAUGGUUUUAAGGUUGGAAAACUCGAUGAUACAAAGUAGGCAGGAAGUGGAAGAAACUAAGGUGGAAGCAAACCAGGCCAUCGCUUGUUUGGUUGCCGCGAUUCUCAAUAAAAAAGUUAAGCUGAUGGAGGUUUUCGAGGGGAAGCAGGAAGCCGCUGAGCAAAAGGAUGAAGCAGUAAAGAGACAACUGUGGCUGGAUAUCGCAGCACACCGCGAGGCGACUGUGCAGUUUGAAGAGCUUUUAAAGACAGAGGACGAAUUUCGACUCCUGCAGAGCCUACCAUCCAUCCCCUCUGAAACAAGUACAAAGCAUUACUGUACAGAGCGCAAACGUCUCCUGCAAGUACAGGAAGUCUGGAGAGCGGUCGCUAAAAUCGAGACACUCAAUGAACACAUGGACAAGAUAAUCAAAGAAGUCCUUCAGGUGGAUAAGGAAGAGGAGGCCUUUGAAGAACCGUUUGAUGAUGAACUUGGGAAAAUCCAGGAGCAACAUGCAAAAAAAGUGACUUUGGACCCCAACACGGCCCACCCUUCACUCAUCGUCUCCGAGGACGCGACACAAGUUCAGGACGGAGCCUCCAAGAGGAACAUCCGCGACAACCCUACAAGAUUUGAUUCGCUCCAUUUCGUCCUAGGGAAUCAAGGGAUCUCCAGUGGGAAAAUCUACUACGAAGUAUCCAUUGAAGGACUGACAGGAUGGGAAGUGGGAGUGGUGAGAGAGUCCAUCGGCAGGAAGGGUGUCAACUGGUCUCUCACUCCUGAAAACGGAUGCUGGACGUUGGGGUUGUAUUGGGGACGGUGCCAGGCUAACACCAAUCCUCCGGUCCACGUACCUUUGAUCGAAGAACUCCAUAAGGUUGGGGUGUUUGUGGAUUUUGAAGAAGGGUUUGUCUCUUUCUACAAUGUAGAAACUAGGGCUCAGAUCUACUCGUUUACACGGUGCGUUUUUUUAGAUAAUGUAUCCUUUCUGAGCAAAAUACGGUCAUUCGGGGCUAGGACCAGGAUCUACCCUUUGUUCCGACCCAGUGCUGAGGAAGGGAGCCCUCCUCUACGGAUCACUGAUGUCAGACCCACAAAAAGAAAGUAGAGCGUCCUCCUCGCACAAGAGGAGGAACCUUUUUCUUUGAAAUGUGGGUGUUGCAGCAGCACAAGGACAGCAAUUGUACAUAAAGAGCUGAAUGGAUAUUGUUGUAUUUCUAAGCACAUUUUAAGGUUCAAACAAAAACAAUUGAUAUUAAUGAAGAAAUGCAAAUAAGACAAAACAUCGAGUUAUAAUAUUGAAUAACUUUAAAUAUUUCCAUUGUAGUUUCCUGUUUUUACUACAUUUCACUCUUUUUGUAAUUUUGAUUUCAUUGUGUCUAAACGUUAUUGAAUUUUUGAUUUGGUAUAAAUAAAGUAUCUAUCCUACCUACCUACCUACCUACCUACCUACCGACCUACCGACCUACCGACCUACCUACCUACCGACCUACCGACCUACCGACCUACCUACCUACCUACCGACCUACCGACCUAC